CCGCUAACAUAGACCACACUCCAAACUCCAUCGACACUAUCCAAAAUCACACUCCCCUCUUGAUCAAGGUUCAAGAGUCACAGUAAGGUCCAAUGGAGUGGGUCGAUUGCCUUCACCAGCACUUUCAGCGCUACAAACUAUGGAUACAGAGACGCUAUUUGACUAUAGCAACCUGAGCAGAUCAUCUAAUGACUUCUUGCCGACGCUGACUGAGGUUACCUUCCGUCCAUACUCCCAACACUGCUGUUCUUUUAUAGUAGUGGUCCAAGAGGGUUGUGACGGGCAAGGAGUCUCUUUCAGACAGGUUGCCAAACUCAUCGAGACAAUCGGCUAUGUUGGGAAGAUUGACGACUUCACGAUCAAGCCGUUACAGCGACAUUCGUUCCUCAUGACUAGCUUUAGCUAGCAUACCUCAUCCCGGCUCUCGUCAAGUGGAACGAUUUUGCCGACUGCUGCAAAGGCAGACCCUAUCCUCGAUGACGCAUCUUCAACCAUACUCCAGCAUGGCAGAGACGUCGAUACUAGG